AUGUCAGAUCCAAAGAUUCACGUUGAGACGAACAAUUCUGAUAGACACACCAACGGGAAAAACCGAGAACGCCCGGUGUGUGAAUCGAACCACAAAAUAUCUCGCCCUAAUCCCUUUCAACUGGGACCUGCCCUCAAAUUUCAACCACAUCUGAUUCGGGAGAAAUGCGAAGAACUGGUCAGGGAUGGAUUUGCUGAAAGAGGAUACGACCACGACGUGUGCCGGUCUAUCUCAGAGAAUGUGCGAGGGAAUAUACUGGCCAUGCUGAAGACGAUGUUCGACCGAUAUCGGUUCGUCGUCAAUAUCGCGGUCGGCGGUAAGACGGGCCAAUCAGUGAAGAUCGUGAGCCGGGCUCUGUGGGACGCUGAUGUCGACAACUACAUCACAAUCAACUACGAAAAUCGAGAUCUGUACACAGUGGCAACAGUGUUCGCGAUCUACUUCGAGUGA